UGUCAGCUCGUGCACACUGCUUUGGAUGGCUGUGCACAUCACAGUCAUACAUAGCAGUGUGCUUACAGUGAAGCACAAACACACACAGCACACAGUUAACCCUUUGAUCACCCCUCAUGUUAACCCCUUCCUGUCCAGUGCCAUUAGUACAGUGUCAGUGCUUUUUUUUUUUUAGCAUUGAUCACUGUUUUGUUGCCACUGGGAUAUCAGUGACACCAAGUCAGUUCCCCCCAAUGUCAAAAUGCCCGCCGCAGUCCCGCUAUAAGUCGCUCAUCGCCGCCAUUACUAGUAAAAAAAAAAUUUCAGUAUAUAUAUCGCCAUUUGUAAACGCUAUAACUUUCACGUAAACUUAAUAUA